CCUCAUCGAGACUGGCAGUCCCAGAAAGCCACUUUUGUCUCAAUUGGGAUUCCCUAUACUAUAUCAGUCGGGACACCACUACGUCGGCUUGAACCACGAUCAAAAUGGCCUCUGCAGCGCCAUCCGUUCCCCCAUCCCUCACCCUCCCUCCCUCGCAGUUCGCCCGACUCCAACCUCACGCCUAUCUCCUCGCCCACCUCUCACCCCCCGCAUCGAGCAACCAGCCCUCCAUCCGAGCAAAUGGCCGCGCCACCUCCCAAUUUCGCGUCACCUCUGCCAACACCGGCUCCCUGACCCACACAAAUGGCAGCGCAGUCGUAAGAGUGGGCGAUACGACCGCCGUAUGCGGCGUACGAGCGGAAAUCCUCCCCACAGACGACAUCGCCUCGUGGAGCGUGUCGCACUCAUCCUCCUCUAUGAACAAGCGCCGGAAACUCACCAACCCAGCGCAAAAGCCCACUCAGGAAGAGGAAGAUCCCGAAGACGAAACGCACAUCCAACAACUUAACCUUCUCGUCCCGAAUCUUUCGCUGAGCACCGGCUGCGCACCGGGGUUUAUUCCCGGCGCUCCCCCGUCGGCGUUAGCGCAGUCCUUGUCUCACCAGAUUCUGAACUUGCUGCAUAGUACGAGACUGGUUCGCGCGGAGGAUCUACGGAUUUGGUACCAGCCGCCUAGUCUGGGGCAGGAAGACCUGGAACGGCAUAAUGAGUCCGAGCAGAUGGAUGUGGAUGCGGAGCGCGGAGAGGAAGUCGGCAAGGAUAAGGAGAUUAAGGCGUUUUGGGUGCUUUACAUCGACAUCAUGAUCAUCUCCUUGGCAGGAAACCCAUUCGAUGCUGCUUGGGCUGCGGUGCUGGCUGCACUACGUGAUACAAAGCUGCCUCGGGCGUGGUGGGAUGUUGAUAACGAGAUGGUUGUGUGCUCUGAUGCGGUCUCUGAAUCUCGGAAACUGUCUUUGCGCGGCCUGCCUGUUGCGAGUUCGUUCUGUGUGUUCGAGGCUGAUGCGGCUGCUGGCUGGAGGGCAGUUAUCAUUCCGGACGCUGAGGAGGAGAGGGAAAUCGAGGAGAGUGCUAGAAAGGGCAUUCAGCGGAGGUGGAUUCUGGCCGACCCUGAUGGCUACGAGGAAGGACUGACUCAGGAACGCGUUUGCAUUGUGGUUGAUAAGGAGGAAGGCACGGGCAAGACGGUUAUUGUGAAGAUGGAGAAGAAUGGAGGAUGGGCAGUGGAUGGCAAGGAAUUGAAGGCGCUGGUUGACAUAUCCGCGCAAAGAUGGGGAGAAGUGAAGCAUAUUCUAGAGCAGUGUUGAUAAUAUUCUAUAUGGAAAGUGGCUAAUGCUACGUGCAAUGAUAC